GUAUUGAUUUACAGUCCAACAUUUUUCAAAUACGUCUACGAGUCUUGGCUCGAGGGUCACGGACGCUAUCCUUCCACCGGCUUCCUCAGCUUACUGCUCGCUAUCCACAUAUGUGAUGAGGUAAGCGUGUUUGGAUUCGGCGCCGACCAGUACGGAAACUGGCACCACUACUGGGAAGAGAACCAUUUGGCCGGAGCAUUCCGACAUACGGGAGUCCAUGAUGGAGAUUACGAAUAUAAUGUCACCCUGCUGCUGGCAGACAAGCACAAAAUCCGAAUGUUUCGAGGCAGAUGAUACCGAGCCCAUAUGUGCAGCGGGUUGACCACCGAAUGAACCUCGGCAGCCUUCUUAGUGUUUAUUUUUCCCGCCCCUCAUGCUGGACUUUUGUCAUGAUUUCAAAAGACAUUUUCACACGAACUCUUCUGGUCCGUCCAGUUUCUCUCUCUCUUCGCUUAACAUAGUGUUUAAGAUAUGCCACUGCAAUUGACAAACCGGCAGAGUUUUCUGUCUAUGUGUGCCCAGACACAGGCAACGACAGACCAUCAAUAGGACAAAAGCAACACUGCCAUUUGUUUCAGUAAUCCCUCCUGAAAUGCGUCUGGGGGUGAACAGACAAGAAAAGACGCCUUGUCAACGAGCAUGCUAUACAUAAACAGCUUUAGUACUCUUGUAUAGUAUGUGUUUACUCUUUAUGUUCUUUUUUUCUAUGAAUGGCUGGCAUUGUGGCCACCUAGCGCUUUGUAUGGUCAUGGUCACUGACAAUAAAUAAGUUCUGCUGACAGCAGUAGACAAAGUGCCAUGGUUACUCUGCUGAUGUAUUGACAGAACAAGGAAGUACAUUGGGAGCUGUUUUUAUCCAAACUGACAGAUAAUAAAAGAAUUUUAUCGACUACGUUGCAAAUAUCACGUCAGGAUAAUUUCUCACCACGCUGGCAGGUAUGAGAAUCAGCUCUUUGUCCAUCACAAUCACCAAUUCUGACCAAAUCCUGAUAAACUCCCUGCACUUCAAGGACUAUUAUCUAUCUUACUUGUCUGAUUGCAGCUGUCAAAGGUAGUUUGACGAGACCCAAUGUAUUCUCAUACAAAUAUUCAUAUGACAUUGAACUAAUUAAUGCCCCAUGAAUGACGUUACGUAUUUAACCCUUUGAAACGUGGAGUGACAUCACUUUACUUGCCCUGCUUUCAGAUUCCUUUCACAAGUGUCUAAACCUACACAGGAUUUUUUUUAA